AUGAGCUAUUACACAAGAAAAACACCGACUUCAGCAGAUCAGAAUGCUUCCACUAAUCUAGAUCAGGAUCUUCAUCUAUCUCGAGAUGCAAAGUAUAAGAAUUCCGAGAAGGAAGUGGUGGAGUGGAUCUUCAACACUCUCAACACUUCACAAGAUGAGAGAGUCCAGUAUCAACGGUACGAUUUGAUUGAGAUUUUGAAGGAUGGCUACAUCUUGUGCCAAUUGGGAAACUUGUUGGGAAUUGCCAAUUGUCCCACCAAGAAAUACAAGAGCUCCAAGAUGCCGUUUGUUCAAAUGGAGAACAUUCUGUUCUUCUUGAAGGCAUGUGAAAUGGUGGGAGUUGCACACGAUGAAAUAUUCCAGACGGUGGACUUAUUUGACCGGAAAGAUCCAUACCAGGUAAUAGUGACACUAAUGUCUUUUUCUCGUCGGGCGAAGGAGACGAACGCUGCUGUGUUUAAGGAAGUAAUUGGUCCUAAGGUAGUGAAGGUGAAGCCUCCGGUGCCACGAAAGCCAAUUGGUUUGAGAAGUUGA